CGUGCUCUCAUUAAGUUGCGGUUACCGUUUACAAUGGUGUCGUCGAUAAAGUUAAUCAAUUCGCGGACGUGGCAGAACGCACGAUGAAACGCGCGGCGAUUAGUCGUGGCGAAAAGAUCAAGGCGACGAGGAGGAAGACGACGCGACACAAGCGAGACCGUGUUAAACUGAUUUUCCAUCGAUCAGUCGGGUUUACGCAAUCCAGAUGAGUUGUCGUUGCGUUUGCGUGUGUAUAAAAUCACCUGCAGUUCCUCGCGUAUAUCAGAACGAAACUGUCGCGAAGAUCUCGGUUGCUGAUUUAGCCGUUUCUGUAUAACCGUGAAUCAUCUUGUCUCGAGUAGAUCCAGUUUGCAUUAAAAUGUUCGUGCGCGAUGCCUUUCCAACGCGAUAUCGCGAAAGAGUGCAUUCAUACGGGUCAUUCGUCGCCUAAAACGUACACGAAGCAAAACCGAUCGCCCGCGAGACCGAGAAUCGGCGGAACGGGUUUAACGGAGGUCUUCUGAGAUCAUCCUUCCCACUUUGGAUGUCCCCCACGGAACAUACAUUUCACCCGUUAAGGCGAUCGUGCGACGAGGAUCGCGCAGGAGAACGGAGGCACGCGAUCGGCCGUCGACAUCGCAUCUCCGAUGAAACGAAAGCAUCGUCCAGGGAAAGGAGGUGCGGCCAACGCCGAUGCCGAGAACGACGAAACCGACGAUGAUCGCCAGCAGCAUCAGCUCGCUGAUGCCGAACGCUACCGUCGUUCUCCCGGUUCCCUGCGACAACCUCACCGAUUUUCUUAUCCAGAGCCACGACGUUCUCGUGGACCGAUCGGUCGCGUACCUGCCAUCCAAGAACAUUACAUGCCUCGAACACGCGCCCAAGCUUACCAAGGCGGUGUACCUGAAGGUCAUUAUUCUCGGUGUCAUGUCGGUUUUGAGCCUGGUCUGUAAUUCAGCGACGAUAUACUCGAUUACGAAGAAUCGCCGGAAGCAGCGGGGAUGUUCGGCAAUCUACACGCUGAUCCUUCACCUGUCGAUAGCCGAUCUGUUGGUCACCGUCUUCUGCAUGGCCGGCGACGCGAUCUGGAGUUAUAACGUCGCGUGGCUGUGGGGCAACGCCGCGUGCAAGAUCUUCAAGUUCCUGCAGAUGUUCAGCCUGUACUUGAGUACCUUCGUGCUUGUGUUGAUUGGCGUCGAUCGAUUCGUGGCGGUGCGGUAUCCCAUGAAGGGUCUCAACGCGUCGCAAAAGUGUUCGCGAUUCCUUCUACUAGCCUGGGUGCUGUCCUUCAUCCUCGCAACUCCACAGGUCGCGAUAUUUCACGUUGCACAAGGACCAUUCAUCGAGGUAUUUACACAAUGCGUGACCCACGGCUUUUACACCGAGGCUUGGCAGGAACAGCUUUACGCCAGUUUCAGCCUAUUUUUCAUGUUUAUCCUGCCAUUAGUGAUUUUAAUCACUACGUAUGUUUCUACGGUAAUCACCAUCUCCCGAAGUCAGACAAUGUUUCGAACGGAGCCGGCGAGGAAUACCACGUACGCCAGGAACGGCGACAUCAAUAGAAGAAGACUGAUGCACCGGGCGAAAACCAAAUCGUUACGUAUCAGCGUCGUGAUCGUGAUGGCGUUCCUGAUCUGGUGGACGCCGUACUACACGAUGAUGAUAAUCUUGCUGUUUCUCAAUCCCGAUGAGCACCGAGGAGUUACAGAGCGGAAUAUUUUUCUUCGGCAUGAGCAACAGCUUGGUAAAUCCCCUGAUAUAUGGUGCGUUUCAUCUUUGGCCGCAGAAACAACGGCAAGGUUCUUAUCAAAGGUCUGAUUUUGUGAUGCAUCAGCGUGCCUCCAAGCAACGCGAGACGCAAACGCCACUCUUCUCUCAUUAAGACGGCGGCUGUAAAAUGACCGGGCAGCAACAUCGAGUAAUAUUUCGUCGGAUUGGGUUACAACUUGCGCAUAAAAACAGCGUGCGCUCUGCAACGAGGAAUAAUAGCGUGGGCUAAAUAAAACGACGGAGAAAGCAGGGAAGCGUUACUCCGCCGUUCUUUUAUAUCGCGUGUCGUUUAGUUAAGGAUUCUUACGGAGAAAAGUCACCCGCCGCGCGGAACAAGAAAUGUUGAACACGAAGAACAAUUAAAUUUACUUAUUUCAAUACGUCACGUUAAAGAUACACGUUAGAUCUAAUAAUAAAUUUUAUUUACUUGGUAAA